AUGUCAGGGGCCUCUGUGAAGGUGGCGGUGCGUGUCCGCCCUUUCAAUUCAAGGGAGAUCGGAAAGGACAGCAAAUGCAUCAUUCAGAUGACUGGAAACACCACCACCAUCGCCAACCCCAAGCAGGCCAAAGACAACAAGAGCUUCAACUUUGAUUACUCCUACUGGUCCCACACCGGGCCUGAGGACGUCAAUUAUGCCUCUCAGGUGCAAGUGUACAGAGACAUUGGGGAGGAAAUGUUGCUACACGCCUUCGAGGGUUACAACGUCUGCAUCUUUGCAUACGGUCAGACGGGUUCUGGCAAGUCCUACACCAUGAUGGGGAAACAGGAUGUCAAGGAUCAAACAGGAAUAAUUCCUUUGCUGUGUGAAGAUCUUUUCAAUAAGAUCAACUACAAUACAGACAACAGCAUGUCUUACUCUGUGGAGGUGAGCUACAUGGAAAUCUACUGUGAGCGUGUGCGAGACCUGCUGAACCCCAAAAACAAAGGGCACCUGCGUGUAAGAGAGCAUCCUCUGAUGGGACCCUACGUGGAGGACCUGUCCAAGCUGGCUGUCACCUCCUACAACGACAUCCAGGACCUGAUGGACUCUGGCAACAAAGCCAGGACUGUGGCAGCCACCAACAUGAACGAGACAAGCAGCCGCUCUCACGCCGUCUUUAACAUCAUCUUCACUCAGAAACGCCUCGAUGCUGGGACGGACAACACUACUGAGAAGGUCAGCAAAAUAAGUUUGGUCGAUUUGGCCGGCAGUGAGAGAGCAGAUUCUACUGGAGCCAAAGGGACGAGGCUGAAGGAAGGAGCAAAUAUCAACAAAUCACUCACUACACUGGGAAAAGUCAUCUCUGCUUUGGCAGAAGUGGAUUCUGGGGGAAAUAAGAAUAAAAAGAAGAAAAAAGUGGAAAACCACAUCCCCUACAGAGAUUCAGUUUUAACCUGGCUGCUGAGAGAAAACUUAGGGGGUAAUUCUCGUACUGCGAUGGUUGCUGCUCUGAGUCCAGCUGACAUCAACUACGACGAGACGCUCAGCACGCUCAGGUACGCAGAUCGGGCCAAACAGAUUCGCUGCAACGCCGUCAUCAACGAGGAUCCCAGCAACAGAUUGGUGCGCGAGCUGAAGGAGGAGGUGUCUCGUCUGAAAGAUCUCCUCCUUUCCCAGGGCCUGGGUGACAUCAUUGAUAUGACCAAUGCCAUGACGGGGAUGAGUCCCUCUCCGUCUCUCUCAGCCUUGUCCAGCCGUGCUGCAUCCAUUGCCAGUCUGCACGACCGCAUCAUGUUCAGCCCAGGCAGCGAGGAGGCCAUCGAGAGGCUGAAGGAAACCGAGAAAAUCAUUGCUGAACUCAAUGAAACUUGGGAAGAGAAACUUCGCCGAACUGAGGCCAUCAGAAUGGAAAGAGAAGCCUUGUUGGCAGAAAUGGGUGUGGCAAUGCGAGAAGAUGGCGGAACGGUCGGUGUGUUCUCACCUAAGAAGACCCCUCAUUUGGUGAACCUCAAUGAGGAUCCGCUGAUGUCCGAGUGUCUGCUUUACUACAUCAAAGACGGGAUCACCAGGGUUGGCCGUUUAGACGCCAGCAGUCGUCAGGAUAUCGUCCUCAGUGGCUACUUCAUCAAGGACGAGCACUGCACCUUCACAAGUUCUGCUGGUCCAACAGGAGAAAGUGAGGUGGUUGUCCUUGAGCCCUGUGAAGGAGCUGAGACUUAUGUCAAUGGAAAGAGAGUGACCGAGCCGACUGUCCUCAUAUCAGGAAAUCGCAUCAUCCUCGGGAAGAGUCACGUGUUCCGGUUCAACCACCCAGUGCAGGCUCGGGCUGAGAGGGAGAGGACCCCUUGUGCUGAAACACCUGUUGAGCCAGUGGACUGGGCCUUUGCCCAGAGGGAGCUGCUGGACAAACAGGGCAUUGACAUGAAACAGGAGAUGGAACAGAGACUGCAGGAGUUGGAGGACCAGUAUCGUAAAGAAAGAGAGGAGACCAACAACCUUCUGGAACAGCAAAGACUGGAUUAUGAGAGCAAGUUGGAAGCUCUUCAGAAGCAAGUGGACCGUUAUUACCCUGAAGCUACUGAAGAAGAGGAGGAGCUAGAGGAAGAAGUGCAAUGGACGGAGAGGGAGAGAGAGAGAGCUGUGUGGAGCUUUCGUAAGUGGAGGUGCUACCAGUUCACCUCCCUUCGUGACCUGUUAUGGGGAAAUGCUAUCUUCCUUAAGGAGGCCAACGCCAUCAGUGUGGAACUCAAGAAGAAGGUCCAGUUCCAGUUUGUGCUGUUGACAGACACUCUCUACUCCCCCCUGCCUCCUGACCUGUUGUCCCCAGAGGCAACUAAAUUAAGAGAGAAGCAACAGUUCCCAAGCACCAUUGUGGCCGUGGAGGUGCAGGAUCAGAAGAAUGGAGCCACCCACUAUUGGACUUUAGAAAAACUAAGGCAGAGGCUCGAUCUCAUGAGAGAGAUGUAUGACCGUGCUGCUGAUGUGCCCAACACCACUGAGGACUGUGAAAAUGUGAUGACUGGAGGCGACCCCUUUUAUGACCGCUUCCCCUGGUUCCGUCUGGUCGGCAGGGCGUUUGUCUAUCUGAGUAACCUGCUGUACCCGGUUCCACUCGUGCACCGCGUGGCCAUCGUUAGUGAGAAGGGAGAGGUAAAGGGCUUCCUCCGGGUGGCAGUGCAGGCCAUAUCAGCGGAUGAGGAAGCUCCCGAUUAUGGCUCAGGAGUGAGGCAGUCAGGCACUGCUAAAAUCUCAUUCGAGGAUCAGCAAUAUGAAAAGUUCCAGUCAGAAUCUUGCCCUGUCGGACUGUCCCAUUCGGGGAUUUCACAGGAGGAGCUCCGUAUUGUGGAGGGUGAGGGACAGAGCUCAGAAAUGGGACCUUCAGCUGAUGAGGUCAACAAUAACACAUGUGAGGGUAAUCCUGGAGGAGAGGAGCUGGAGAAUCCUCUGAAGGCCACUGUGGAUGGGCCACUAGAUGCUCUGGAGCAUCUCAGGAUUGGUGAAAUUUUUACCUUCAGGGUGACCGUCUUGCAGGCGUCUAGCAUCUCUGCAGAAUAUGCUGACAUCUUCUGCCAGUUUAAUUUCAUCCACCGCCACGAUGAGGCCUUCUCUACUGAACCCCUAAAAAACACAGGCCGCGGCCCUCCUCUGGGCUUCUACCAUGUGCAGAAUAUUGCUGUUGAAGUUACUAAAUCAUUUGUUGACUACAUCAAAACUCAGCCAAUUGUGUUUGAGGUGUUUGGACACUACCAGAAACAGCCUUUCCUUCCUCUCUGUAAAGACGUCAUCAGUCCAUUACGUCCUUGCAGAAGACAGUUUCCACGAGUGAUGCCUCUGUCCAAACCAGUACCUGCAACCAAACUGACAACCAUGACCCGCCCACAGGCAGGACCCUGCCACUCUAAAUAUGAUCUCAUGGUUUUCUUCGAGAUCUGUGAGCUGGAAGCCAAUGGAGACUACAUCCCUGCAGUGGUGGACCACAGAGGAGGAAUGCCUUGCCAUGGCACGUUCCUACUGCACCAGGGCCUCCAGAGGAGAAUCGCUGUUACUAUUGUACAUGAAUCAGGAGGUGACAUGGAUUGGAGAGACAUCCGUGAGCUUGUUGUGGGACGACUCCGCAGCACCCCUGAAGCUGAUGAGACCAUCAUUGACCCCAAUAUUCUUUCCCUCAACAUCUUGUCUACGGGGUAUGUCAGACCCAUGCAUGACGACAGCAUUUCCCUGGGAGUUGACCAUAGGACCUUCUAUCGCUUUGAAGCAGCUUGGGAUAGCUCCAUGCACAACUCUCUGCUGCUAAACAGAGUCACUCCAUAUGGGGAGAAGAUCUACAUGACCCUCUCAGCCUAUCUGGAGAUGGAGAACUGCACCCAGCCCGCAGUCAUAACCAAAGAUAUCUGCAUGGUGUUUUACUCAAGAGACACAAAGCUCUCAGCCUCCCGCUCCAUCCGCAAUCUUUUCGGUACUGGAAGCCUGAGAGCAGCUGAUGGAAACCGAGUCACAGGAGUGUACGAGGUUAGCCUAUGUAACCUAGCAGAUGCAGGAAGCCCAGGUAUGCAGAGGAGACGCAGGCGGGUGCUGGACACCUCAGUGGCCUACGUCCGUGGGGAGGAGAACUUGGCUGGGUGGAGGCCUCGCAGUGACAGCCUCAUUCUGGACCACCAGUGGGAGCUGGAGAAACUCAGCCUCCUUCAAGAUGUGGAGAGAACCAAACAUUACCUGUUGUUGAGAGAGAAACUGGAGUCCACCAUGCUCAUGGGUCAGGAGACCCUGCAGGCCUGUGUCACUGAGGAGCUGAGCGAGGUUCCUCCGACCCCCGAGGUUGAUCCAGAGGUCAGCUCCAGCUCUGACUUCGCCAACGAGAGGCAGAGGGAGCUCGCUGCCAAGUGUUUGCGGCUGCUCACACACUCCUUCAACAGAGAGUACGGCCAUGUGUGUGUCAGUGCCAGUGAAAGCAAGAUCUCAGAGAUGUCGGUCACAACACUCAGAGACUCCACUUCAAUCUCUGCUCUCAACACGAUCACACCCUCCUCAACUUGCCCUUCACUGGUGGAGGGUUGCUAUGGCACCACUGAACUCAGACCACCCAUGCCUCGCUCUCGUGCCGUCAGCCCUGGUCCUGACACACAGAAGGAUCCAGAGGCCAAGAAGUCCAGCAAUGGAGUCCCUGAAGCAAAGCCUCGCAUUCGCAAAUUUGUCCCUGACAUCCAGGAGAUUAGAGUCAGCCCCAUCGUGUCAAAGAAGGGUUACAUACAUUUCUUGGAGCCACACACCAACGGAUGGGUGAAGCGUUUUGUGGUGGUGCGGCGGCCGUACGUUUACAUCUACAACACAGAGAGAGACGCGGUGGAGCGGGCUAUUCUCAAUCUCUCGUCUGCUCAGGUGGAGUACAGUGAGGACCAGCAGGCGAUGCUGAAGACUCCAAACACAUUUGCUGUGUGCACAGAACAUCGUGGAAUAUUACUUCAAGCGACAAAUGACAAAGAGAUGCAUGACUGGCUGUACGCAUUUAAUCCUCUUCUUGCAGGAACUAUCAGGUCAAAGCUGUCGAGACGACGAGCCGGACAGAUGAGGAUGUGA